AUGCUCCGUUUCACUGUCCCCGCCUUGGUGGUUUUCCAGAACGCGUAUGCGCCGCGCGUGCUGAACAAGAUGACACCUGACCGCAUGGAGCUGACGAUGAUCAUCCUGAAGGAGCGCAAGAAGAGGGUGCGCUACCUUGGCAGCCAAUUCCACGGCUUCGCGGAUCGUGUGCACUUGUUUAACGCACGGGGCGGUGUGCGCCGUGGUACCCGCUACAUCAUCGAGACGCACCACAGCCGCGUGGAGUUCCGGCACCCCGCGCGCAACAAUAAAAAGGUCGAUGUUCGUGCUGUCAAAAUAGCAGGCGCGCAGUACGACUCCAUCGGCAACUUCACCCGCAUGACGUGGGACAACUCCCUCUGCACGACGAACCUCCUGAGUGACCCUAACUUCAAGCGCCACUUUAAAAGUAUGCCCAAGGACGAGGCCAUCGCAAUGCUGGAGGAGUGGGGCGUACGGUACGUCUUGCUAGACGAGAUUCGAAAACCGUCGUUGAUGGAUUGCAAGUAUCACAAGCACCACCUGUACGCCGACAAAUUCUGGUGGUCGCCAUACCCAGAGAUCAACCACAUGCGCGGUGACGCCGAGUAUAAGUGGAAGGGAGACGAGCUGAUCGCAUACAGCGACUACAACGCGCACGUGCAGCAUCCCGGCAAUUUCGGUGGUAGUAGUAGCAGCAGUGGCAGAGGCGGUAGUGGCGCCACUACUCCCAAAUCGGCAGCGGCAGCGGCAGGCUCGAAGAAGGGUGUGUCGGCAAGCCCGUGGUUUAGGUGCACCGUUGUGGUGAAGAAACCGCAGGCAGGCGGCGUCAAGGCCAACUCCACCACAGGUAAGAUCGCGCCUGUAGAGGCGCCUAAGUAG